CUGAGUGACAAGGAUUGUAGUUAGCUAUCAUAAGCAGUUUCUCAACAGAGGUAACAACACUAACAGCGAGUAGUAUUUAUAUUUAACAACUACAUAUAUCUUAUCGUUUAUUUUCCUGCCAACACACCGAUCAGGGUCUCUCUGGAGCUCUCCUCCUGAUGUAAGAAAGCAAAGGAUUUGACCUCCUUGAUAUCUCUCUGGGAAGCUUCCUAAUAAGGUCAGUUGAUUUUCUCACAAGUCACUCUCAGAAGCUCUCCACCCUCGAGGUCUGAAGAUGGAGGAGGACCAUGCUCACUGUGUGUCCUGUGUUAAUCAGAGAUGCACGGUCAGACCGCAGCCAGGCAUUUCCUGUGAUCUUAUCAACUGUCCUCUGGUGUGUGGGGCUGUAUUUCACUCCUGCAAAACUGAUGAGCACCACCUUAUGUGCCCACUGUUGAGGGUCCCAUGUUUAAACAGUGGCUACGGCUGCCCCGCCACCCUGGUGCGCAACCAGAUGUACGCACACCUUGAAGUGUGUCCAGCUGGAGUUGUGUGCUGCACUAUGGAGUGGAACAGAUGGCCCGUUAGCUGCCUGGACUAUACCUCCUAUGAGAGCCUGAGCCGUGGGGUGGAGGAGGUGGAGCAGCUGGACAUGGCACUUGCUCUUCAGGACCAGCGUACACUACUUGAGUCCCUCAAGGUGAUCGCCAUGGCACCAACUGCAGAAGGAGAGCCACUUCUUCCUGUCAGUAAGGCAAACAGCUUAACAGACUCUGCUUUGCUUACACCUGCCCCAGAGGCCUCCACCGUUAUUGAGUCACCUUCACAGUCAUCACCCUCAUGUCAGCCACAACCUCCCCCACAAGCCUCGACGAAUGAGAGAAUAGUCUCUGGAAUUAAUGGCUUGAAAGAGGAGCACUUCGGUAAACUCUAUGAGGCCACAGUGGAGACUGCAAGAAGCUUAGCUGCUGCUUUGGACUUUGUUAGCAGCGCUAACUCUGAUAACAGCAGCACAGACUGUGUGAACGGAGGAGCUGCUAUGAAGAGGAGUAGAUUGAGCAGCGAUGGAGAUAUUAAGAAUGGACUGGAAGACAAAACACCUGCUGAUGGUUUGAAUAAAAAAGAGAUUGAGGAGCAAAGUGUUUGUUCUAGCUGUUUGAGAGAGAAAGAAACAGAUCCAAAGAUUUUAAACACAAUCAAUGGACCACUGUCAGGAGAAGUGGUGGCCUGUCUGGAGACAGCCUGUCCUGCUGAGGUGAAAGAUGACAUGAGUGCUGUGGUUUCUCAGGAGCCAGACACCCCUCCAAUGGCAUCUCCAGUUCAUGUCAGCCAGGGUGUGGCACAGAGGGCUGGUCAUGUGGUCCUGGAAGACAGGGGGCUAGUUCUUCUAGAAAACCACGGGCCUGAGCGAAAGUUCCACAACCACCAGUUUUUCAGGGGCCAAUGUUCAUUACCUAAUGGACGGAUAGGUUUCAUCCCAGGCAGGUCACUGUAUAGACUACGACCCAAAAUGGAGGACAAGUCAGUAGAUACCUCGGACCUGGAGCAGGAUGACGACCCCAUGGGACUGGGAGAAAUUGAUCUGAUCACAGCAGCGCUGCUCUUCUGCUUAGAGGAGUCCAGAGAGUGUAGAAGAAUCUCUGACACGGUCUAUGUCGAUGGCUACCGUGUCGACUUUGGCACACAGACUUUCACGUUCCCCGCAGCAAUCUUGGUAACCAACACAAGAGUGGGUGACAUUGCCUCUGCAUCUGCUUGUGACCAUGCCGCCCCCCAGCUCUCCUACCCCAGCCCUUUCCGCACACUCCGCCUCGGCCUUGUCCUGGAAGCUCUGGAGGUCGAGGCAGUCCCACAUAACCGCUACCUCCCUCCCAACCCCCGCUACCAGCACAUGUUCCCCUUCGUCUGUGGUCAGUCAUUGCGCCGAGACCAGUUUUCCUCUCACUUCACAAAUGUCCAUGGUGACAUUCACGCUGGUCUCAAUGGUUGGAUGGAGCACCGCUGCCCGCUGGCAUAUUACGGCUGCACAUUUUCACAGCGGAGGUUUUACCCAUCCAUCAAGGGGGCGAAAGUGGUUCAUGACAGGCACCUCAGGUCCUUCGGGGUGCAGCCAUGCCCAGGGGCGAAACUUCCAGGUGACUUAAAGUCUGACCAAUUUAGUGGGCUUCCCAUUGAGAUAUUGUGGCACAUAGCUGGGUUCCUGGACAGUUUCAGCCUGUGCCAGCUAUCACUGGUGUCACGGACUAUGAGGGAGCUGUGCGCCAGUCUCCUCCAGACCAGGGGCAUCGUGGAGCUGCAGUGGGAGCGAAGACCACGUCCUGGUGCCCCUGGGACUAUGUCAUGGCAGAUCAAGAAUAAAGUGUGGAGAUUCAGCACUGCCUUCAGCCCCGUGUCGUCGUGGGGUUUCACUGAUCUCCCCAGCAUGUCGGACCAUCUUAAGAAGUGCCACUUCAACGUAGUGGAGCACAAGACAGAGCCUGUACCCCUUCCUGCCAUGUGCACCGCACGAGACGGACAGUCACUGCGUCGCGUGCUGCGUCACGUGAACACCUGACCAAACAAGGCUGACCUCUCGUAGCUAUACGAGAGUCACUGUGGCGUCACGUGGAUGUUGCAACUACAAAGUGUCUGUCUUGAAAAUAAAUAACUCUUCCUGUAUUACACUA